UGCAAAAAAGCAGCUUAUUUUGAGAAACAUGGAUGAACAGUAACUCAUUAAUGAAUUUUUCAAUUUACCAACAUUGCCCUCCUUUAUCCUACCUUCCCUUCUUCUGCGUUCCUCACACAAUUAGACUCUCGCCCUCUCGCAAAACCCUUGCGAAACCAUCACGAACCAGAUCUGAAAAGGGCGUCUCCUCCCACCAAUCUCUCUUGUUCUCCAGGUCGUGUUAUUCCGGCUCGGGGUCAUACGAGAGUGGAGCGCAUACUAUGCAAACACAGAGAGCAACUUCUUUCCACAAAAUGCUAUCUUUCCAGUUUCCACAGAGUAGAAAAGCUGUAAACACAGAAAUUCCUGCGACGAAUGAGAUAAGAACACUUGUACAAAAUAAUAUUUUGUAUUAAUGAUUUUGGGGUUACAAUCUCUUCUACAACUUUAGCCUUUGAUUCGAUCUUCGUAAAGUGUAGAUUUGUGGAUUGUGAUGUUGAUCACAGGGCCUUCAAGGCUUGAUCUUAGGAUGAACAGGUGAUGAACAAUGAACGCUUUUUUCAAGGGGUCGUCAGGGCUUGAUCUUGAAUUGGUGGAAGUUCUUCAAGGGCUGUUGGGGCUUGAUCUUGAAGGAGGAUUUGGUGGAAGUUCCUCAAGGGUUGUUGGGGCUUGAUCUUAAAGGAGGA